GGUGGGGUGCGCUAGGGAGCGGGGAUGAGUCUAGUGGGCGGCUUCCCCCACCACCCGGUGGUGCACCAUGAAGGCUACCCUUUCGCCGCCGCCGCCGCUGCCGCCGCCGCCGCCGCCACCCGCUGCGGCCACGAGGAGAACCCUUACUUCCACGGCUGGCUCAUCAGCAGCCACCCGGAGAUGUCCCCCCCCGACUACAGCAUGGCUCUGUCCUACAGCCCCGAGUACGCCAACGGGGCGCCGGGCAUGGACCACUCCCAUUACGGGGGGGUGCCGCCCGGGAACGGCCCGCCCGGGCUCGGGGGGCCCCGGCCGGUGAAGCGCAGGGGCACGGCGAACCGCAAGGAGCGGCGCAGGACUCAGAGCAUCAACAGCGCCUUCGCGGAGCUGCGGGAGUGCAUCCCCAACGUGCCCGCGGACACCAAGCUCUCCAAGAUCAAAACCCUCCGCCUGGCCACCAGCUACAUCGCCUACCUCAUGGACCUGCUGGCCAAGGAUGACCAGAACGGGGAGGCGGAGGCCUUCAAGGCAGAGAUCAAGAAGACAGACGUGAAGGAGGAGAGGAGAAAGAAAGAGCUGAACGAAAUCUUGAAAAGCACAGUUAGCAGCAACGAUAAGAAAACCAAAGGGAGGACUGGCUGGCCGCAGCAUGUCUGGGCUUUGGAGCUCAAGCAGUGAGCACGGCAGGACUGAAGGAGCCGUCCUCUUGGCCUCGCUAGCGAGCUCUCCUUCGAGGACUCUUUGUAUUUGGAAUCGUCCAGUUUAUUUAUGUGCAAUUUCUCCCCCAACACCCCCCUCUCCCCCCCCCCCCCGAAAUGUGGAUAUUUGAAGGAGUGGGAAAAGCAUUCCAUAUAUGAAGAGGAAACUCCAGCAUGGUAAGGGGUAAUGUCUCUAAUAGUUUCGUGAAUGUUAUUUGCUCUGUAUCAAAACACACGGGGAAAAAAGAACCACAGAAAAGGAAAAAAGAAAAAAAAUCCCUCCCUGGCAUUAGUGUGUAUGUGAAGUGUAUCUUUAAUACUUGGCCUCUUGGAUAUAAAUAUUCAUGGAAUUAUAAAGUUAUAUUUCAACAGAAGCAGUUGCACCAAUGUUUCGGUUGACUCGGUAUUUAGUGUUGUAGUUUUGUUGUGGUCGUUCAAUAUUUGAAGAUGUUUUCAGCAGUUAUUGGUAUGUGCACUCUGUCCGUAAGGGAAAAAGUGGAAUCUAAUAUUGAAGGUGUAAACGUUGUAAGUACUCAAUAAACCACUGUGUGUGUUUUUUAGAAAGCCCCUCCAAAAAAACAAACAAAAAAAAAAAAAGAAAAAAAAAGAAGAGAACCCAAAUCUUUUUAUGUUUUAUACCUCAAAAUGUUUUGAAUAACAGCGUUGUUUAUGGCUUUUUUUCAUAAUAUUUAAAAUAUUCGGAAGUAAACUAAAUUAUAAAGAUGGCUCAUAAGUUUAUUUUUAAACAAGUGGCUGAGUGAAAGGAGGGGUAGAGGGAGGGAUCUCUCCAGCACCGUGAAUGUUGAACAGAAACUGGCAGUUCAGCUGAAUAGGAAUUCCUUGUGGUGGUGUUCUCCAUGCAGGAGACCUACUGCUAACGGGAAACGGACAAGGGUGCAAACCGGAGGGUCAGAAGCGAUGGCUAUGCGCGGUUUCCUUGCCGCCGGAGCCGGGCGGCCACGGUGCCUGGCGCUGGUGGGAACGGAGCCCAGAGCCGGGCCGGGCGGCAGGGGCGGCCCCGCGGGGGUGGCUCCCCGGGAAGGCUGCGAGGGAGGCUGGAGCGCUUUGCUCGGAGUCAUUGUGUAGCAGGUAAUUUUACGUCAGGGAAGAAAGAGCGAACAAGGCAAGGGAUUUGCGGGAGGUGGAGGGGAUAUGUAAGAUUUACAAUGAGCUAUGGUGAACUUAAUACUAACUUUGUGGUUCUCAAAACUCUCCUGGGUUACAUGUUUCCAAUCCACCACAACGAGUGGGUUUUUUAAAAAAAAAUUCUUUUUCUGACUGCAAACUGCUGCAGCCAGUGCUCUGACUCUUUUAAGCACGUUCAUCCGCUUGUCCAGUGUGAUCUCUCUUCCAUUAAUUCUGUGCAGUUGUCUCUUGUUCCGUCUGCCGAGUGCUUUACAAGGGUCCCAGUACCAGGCCAGUGGCUUUCUGCUCCUCGGUCCCGGAGCGAGCUGCAGCCAUCCGAGGCUGGAAAACAUGUGGCAUCCCUCUGUACCGUAGGCAGGCAAGGAAAAAAAAUAUAAAGCUUUUUACAUAAAGAAGUUGCUCUGGGUAUUUUUGGCAAUUCCCUGUUACGUGCAAGGUUUUCCACUUUUUCCAUAAUAAAAUCCAGGUUCGUAUUUUAAAUCCUUAUUUAAAUCAUCUCAACUUAAACCAAGCUGGCCCUCUCCCCAGGUCCAGGGCUGCAUACCUGCCUGCCUUCCCCUGCCGCCGCACCUAUGGACGUGGCUCCUGACGAGACCCGGCACUGAGCGUACGUAGAUGUGCGAUUGCCCAUCAAAAGAUAAGGGAGUCCCUGCGCGGUUUGGCCGUCCCUGCUGACAGUGGGAAGGUUGCGGGUUUACAACAACCAGACAAAAGUGAUGUGCCCUCACACCGGGUCGGGCAGCCCGCCUCUUCUCUCCGGCGUGAGUCUGUGUUUACAGACACUUGCUUUUGUUUAUAACACUUGGAGGGAAGGAUCAUCCCCCCCUUGUUUGCUUUUCCCUGCCUGUUAGCUACCCAGCUGAUAAACUGGAGCAUCUCGCACUCCCUUCGGCCCUGCCCAAACUCCUUUUUCUUUUUCUUUUUUUUUUUUUU